AUGGGCCUUAAAUGCCUUAAGGAAGGCCGCUUUGUCGGCGAAGGGGGUCGUCGCUCCCUGGAUCCCGAUUUGGACAGAGGCGAGCUGGGAGAAGAUGGGGGUGGCCCAAGCUCACGCAUCACCAUCGAGGAGACUGAGGGCAACCUGAAUCUUCAGCUCAAGGGAAGAGAGGGCCGUGUUGAUCGUCCAGGGCAGCAGCAGGAGAGGACAUUAUCGGCGACAAGGGGGAUGAAGGACUGCCCGCGGAUGGAGGCGACUGUUGUGACUGUCCGCCGGGCGAACUUCGCGAGGAACAAGUGCUCGAGCGGCCUCGCAGCGGCGACGGCGGUGAAGACGAUUGAGGAAGCCCGGAGGCGGGGUUGGGGGAUGUGGGUGCCUGGGGAGGUUUCUGUUGCUUUCCGGAUCGUCGCGAGAGACGUCGACCUGCUCCUGGGUGUCGAAGGCGUGCUCAAGUCGAGAGCAGUCGAAGACUUCGUCAGCCACGGUGAUGGGGGAAGGAAGGGGAGCAUGCUGACGCAGUCCCGGGGGCCGCUAAGUGAGGACAAAAAGCUGGGGAAAAGAGGAGGUGGUGACAAAGGGAUGUGGAUCGCAGUGGCGCGCAGAGCAGCAUCAAAGCGUAAUGGCCCAAAGGCCAAUAGCUUUGAUGGGAUCAGCAUUGCCCGUUGUCGCAUUCCCACACAUCCCGAAUGCACUGCCCAGCACUUAGGAUUUAGCUAUGAGGACCGCUGUCCGAUGAAGCUCCUCCUAAAUCCCGAAGACGGCGGGAAGGAGCCUGGAGCGAAGCGAGCUUUCCUGGUACGGGACACGGGCGUGACUACCCGAUAA